AUGCAACAAUACUCGUCUUGUUCAUCAUUGUUGCAACGUAUUCACGAUCAACAUCUUCGAGAAAAUCGGAAGUUGUACAUAAAUUCUAUUCCAAAAAUCUUAUGCUACGUUUGCAUUUAUUUUUUGGUAAUGCUCGUAUUUCGAUGUCCGAAUCGAGUAUACAAUGCAUGGAAAGGUCCAUUUCCAAUGAAAUUGAAUCAAUUUAGAAAUCAUUUAGAAACAAGCUAUAAGCUAUUUGGCUAUCAAGCAUUUUUAUCAUCUCGUUUUUUUUUCACUGAUCCUGAGUACGUUCAAAUUGAGCUGGGUAGGAAUGCCAUUGAUCAAAAUAUUAAAAAUACAAUUCGAGUGUUUAAUGGUCAUUAUUCGGAUGGCAAAUUGCAGUAUACACUCAAUCGUGUUCUAGAAGGAACUAUUGAUAAAUCAAAUAUGGUAUUGUACAUUAGAUUUGCGCCGCCUGAACACUUCUACUCUGAAAUACGUUACCCAUAUGAUUUUCAAUCCUUUAGCACAAAUACACUAAGAUGCAUUAUUCAGCAGCUGAACGUUUCAUCGUCAGAAUUCAUGCAGUGGUCUGAAAAAUCGAUGUAUAUCAAAAAUAUUGAAAAUAUCUAUAAUCAAAAUCCAAAAGAAUUCAAUAGAAAAGUUAUCAUAAAAUGUGGUAUUCUAAUCGGAUAUCUUUACCGACCGACAAAUGAAUAUUUUUUUCCGUCAUAUAAAUAUGAAGCCUAUCGAUAUCACGAAGAUCUUCGAAUAUUCAAUGCUUCAUUUUUCUAUACUCCUUCAUGUUCCUACAUUCUUCUCUGCAUCAUCGUCUGUCUUCUAUUCAAAGAUGUUGUAUAUCUCGUUGUUGCCGGUGUUACUCUUAUAUUUCCGCGAUUUCAAAUUGUACAUCGUUAUACUCAAAAACAAAUGAAAAAAGCAAAUAUAGACUGUGUAAAUCAAUUAGACCAACUUUUAUUACAUACAACUAGUGAGAAUAAUCAUGGGAAUCAUCUGUUUUUAGUAGAUAAUGAAUAUCUUGCUGUGUUAAUGGUAGAUUUAAAUGAAUACAGGGAACCCAUUCUUCGACAAUUUUAUGAAGAUACCCCAAUCAAUAUUUUCCCUAUUCAUGAGAUUGAUACUGUCAGAUCGGAUUGCAUUGUGCUUAAUAAUGAUCAUGGCAGCUCCUUUUCUUUUCCUACAUAUCAAUAUAAUAGAAAUUGGGAACCAGCAGAUUGGUUGCACGAACGAUUGAUGGCUUUUAAUGAAGAGUAUCGAUAUCGUUUUGAGCAAAACGAGUUGAACCGUCGGAGGGAGGCGGAACGGCAAAGUCUACUGGAAUUUCUGACUGAAGAAGAGGCUCAAUAUCAACAAGAUAAAUAUGGAAACGAUAUUAAUCGAGUAUUGGAUGGCAUACGAUCAGCAUCGCCACGCUUUAUUGCAGAAUUUCGUUUGUCUGCUUCUCAGAUAGCCAACGAUAAUUUACUAGAUGAAACAUGCACUAUUUGUCGUGAAGACUACCAUGUAAAGCAACGCUUUGCUCAGUGGCCUUGCCCAGCUCAUCACAUGUUUCAUUUCGAUUGUAUGCUAGAUACUUUACGAGCAGGAGAUACGUGCCCAUUAUGUCGAUAUCCAGUUGCAGCACCGAAUCUAAACAGUAUAGAACGUGCUUUUCGAUCCGUAUUAGGAAGAGUAACUCCUAAUAUAUUCGAUUAA